AUGUUUCGAUUAAGAAGAAUGAGUUCAAGUACCAUUUUAAGUGUGGUAGGAAUCACUGGUGCAGCUUGGGUUGCCGCCUAUUAUUAUAAUAAACCACCUAAAGGUCAAGCUCUUCCAGGUGUGAUGGGAUGGGUUGAUUUAAAAUUAAAAGAAUCUCAUCAAAUUUCAUCUGAUGUUAAACGUUAUGUAUUUCAAUUUGAAAAUGAAGAUGAUGUAUCAGGUUUACAUACGGCUUCAUUUAUAGUUGCUAAAUUGAAAACUCCCAAAGGUGAAGUUUGGAGACCUUAUACUCCCAUUUCAACUCCUGAUCAAAAGGGAACAAUUGAAUUAAUGAUUAAAUCUUAUGAAGAUGGUAAAUUCUCCAAACAUGUUUGGGAUUUAAAACCAAAUGAUACUGUAUCUUUCAAAGGUCCAAUACAAGCUUUUAAAUGGCAACCUAAUCAAUUUAAACAAAUUUCGUUAAUUGGAGGUGGAUCAGGGAUAACUCCAUUAUAUCAAUUAUUAUCCACUAUUAUCAAAAACCCCGAAGAUAAUACUAAAGUUGAUUUAUAUUAUGGCUGUAAAACAGUUGAUGAUAUAUUAUUGAAAGAUGAAUUGGAUAAGAUCGCUAUAACUCAUCCACAUCAAUUCAAAGUCCAUUAUUUCGCCACUGAUGCUCCCGAAGAUUGGAAUCAGGGUCAUAAAGGUCACAUUAAUAAACAAUAUUUACAAGAUCAUUUGCCUCCUCCUUCUACAAAUGAUACAAAGAUAUUUGUUUGUGGUCCUCCAAAUAUGUUUAAAGCCAUUUGUGGAGAUAAACCUCCUCCCCCUUUCAUUCAAGGUAGAUUUUCUGGUAUCUUAUCUGAAUUAGGGUAUAAGAGAAAUCAAGUUUUUAAAUUUUAG